AUGGAGCAGCUCAGUAACCGUCUCUGCCGGUAUAAGAACUAUAACUUUCUCUCCAGUAACACAACUGCAGAGUACAUAGAAUCUCUUCAGAGUUUUGAAAUAAGAGACAGCGAUGUCUUCCUCGUGUCUUAUCCAAAGUCAGGCACCGUAUGGGCUCAGCAGAUCAUCAUUUCUAUCUAUGAGCUGGAUGGGCAUGUGAAUGAAUAUUUUACCAACUCACAGAAGAUGCCAUGGCUGGAGUUCACAGGGGGUGCAUACACUCGUCGCCCCUCUCCACGGCUCUUCACAUCACAUCUCUCCCAGGUUCUCAUGCCUCCAGGACUGAUGGACAAGAAGGGAAAGAUUGUGUAUUUGAUGAGGAAUCCAAAGGACAACAUGAUGUCUUAUUAUCACUUCAGCAAAGCCCUUGCAGACCUUGAGACUCCUGAGAGCUUUGCUCAGUUUUUCCAGUGGUACCUGACGGGAAACGUACCAGCAUCAUCCUGGUUUGACCAUGUCAGGGAGUGGUAUUCAAACAGAGAGCAGUACAACAUCCUCUUCCUGACCUACGAGGAAAUGAUUUUGGACCUGAAAGGAUCAGUGAAGAAGAUCUGCAACUUCUUUGGGAUAAACCUGACUGAAGCCGCCAUCAGUCAUGUUGUGGAAAAAGCUAAGUUUGAGAACAUGAAGAAUGACUCGAAAGCAAACUAUGAGCACAUUCCACCAGAGAAGUUCAGUGGAAAAUUCCUGCGUAAAGGUCAGAUUGGAGACUGGAAGAACACACUGACUGUUGCACAGAGUGAAAGAGUGGAUCAACUCCUUCAGGAGAAACGUAGUGAUUUGCCUUUAAGGUUCAUCUGGGAAUAA